ACUCGAUCUGAGCUGGCUGGUAUGCUGGCAAGGGAUCGAGCUCUCUGCCGCUCUCAUUAUAGUUUGCAUAGCCUCAUUUCGAAUCUUGUAUACGAGCACACAACACUCGAAUCGGGACGUCGCCCUUCAAAAAUAUUAUAAAAAUCUGGAUGAUUCGAAAAUAUCCCGCUCGAAGGUCACCCGUGUCGAUCGGUCUGAGCCCUCAUACACAUCUAGGGUCAGUUUAGAACAGGCUUAGGCAUUGCGGGAAGAUGAAAGCAAAGAGACUCACUGCCGAAGAUGCCUGAGACCGGCUCUAAUUUGAUUCUAUUUUAUAGCGCUUCGUAUACCGCAGACGGCCUUCUUAAUUGCACAUGUUGGUGGCGAGACAGUGAGGGCCGUAGAAUGAGACAGAUUGAAAGUUUAACUGCUCCAAAUAAUGUAACGAAAGCGAGUACAUUUCGGCACAUACUGGUUCCUGGACCGACUCUGGAUGAAUUCUCAAGUACUCCUCCAUGCUAUAGCUACUCUAGGUUUCCUAAUCUAUGGCCGCCACGAAAGAGUCUGGAAUAUGGAUGCGAUGGAACUCUGGUGAACACGACUAAUUGCUUGACAUCUUCGCCUAUAUUCCCGAACCGGAUUUCUGCAUUGAUUACUAGAACGAGAAGUUAUACUGACUGUACUCUAAGAAGUCAGACAACACAUCGCCUAGCAAACCAUCUUCCUGUGCGACAUAUCCACCCUCCAAUGUGCCAACACCUUUUUCAAGCUCCGACAGGCCUUUGAAUCUAUCCACCAUCAUGUUAAAAACCUCUGGUAGGUAUCUUGCUGGCAUCUGAGUUCCCCCGAUCGCUAUCACGUCCUCCUGCUUUCUUUCCAACCUUCCAAAUGUUUCCCUCAAGUCUGCGGCAGACACAAGUUCCGCGUUCCAGCUGCUAUGUUUGACACGGCCGCUAGGCGUGACAGAAUGAGCAG